AUGUAUCUCAUUGAAAUUGGAUUCCAGACUGCAAGAACACAAAUUUCAGUCACUAGUAUUGCGCACCUUCAAGAGGCAAGAUUUACAAAGCUUGGACAAAUGCGUGGAACAACUGCUUUAUCAUCUGCGAGGAACAUUCUCAAACAAAUGUAUCCUAUCAGAGGAACAUGGGUGUCAACUUCAGUCUCGAAGAAGCAAAAAAAUGAUCUUGGGGAUGGAGAAAGACCUACUAUGAACGACAAGGCUGAGCCUGAGCUCAUUGUUGCCUUCAACAAACCGCCGCUUCCACCUGUUCUUGGACCUUUUAUUGUGCUCUCACUGCUGGAAAUGGGAUCAAGCGGCAACGAUGACUGAAAGGUGAUUUAGCUCACCUCUAUAAACCCUAAAGUUGGAGAUGGUGUGAAGUAGCUUAUUUCUGUCUUUAUUUGAAGAUCUUUGAAAUGGUGAUCAAAAUGCCGAGUAUGUAACCUAGUGUUUGAGAGACAAGUUUCCAGAGGUUGAUGUAGCAAACAAGAAUUGGAUGGAUUAAAGGCUCAAGGAAUAUAUGGUAGAUCUUUAACAGCAAAAUUAGUAUGUCAUGGGGCCUCUGUAGGAACCCUGCAGGAAUGAAUCAUCACAUAUGUUUCAGGUUGUCUUUUGUAUGAUAAAACUAUGAAAUUUCAGUGCUAGUUAACCUA